ACUAAACGUUCGAGUUGAGCGGUUAAAUAGGUGGAAGUAUCCAAUAAUAGCAUAAAAAUCCUCAGUUAAGUGAAAGUAAGCAAUCAGAAGCAGAUUACUGCAAUAGUCAACACCAUUAGCAGCAGCGUCAACCACAUUAACCUGCUGCCAACGCCGUCAGCCAAAUACCAUUAGACUAACAAAAAAAAAAAAACAAAAACAAAAAAAGGAUUCCCAUUUGUGAUCGACAUCAGUACUUGUUGACUACUUGGAUUCGCAGCAGCAGUUGGUGUUGCUUUGUCAGUGAUUUUUGUAUAGGCGUAACAUUUUCCUUUGUAUCGCACAAAAUUCGCUAACAUAUGGCAGCAUUUGUGCCAUCCGCACUGAAUGAAAAUAUGCAAUACGCUUAUCGCCAAUUUAGCCUUAAUGAGGCAGCGGCUGUUGGAUGGUGGGCCCAUUAUCAUGGCAUGCUAUGUACAAGCACAACUACAUCAACAACAGCGGCAAACCGAACAGCAAAACUCAUUAAAGCAACAAUGUAUUAGGCAGCUGAAACAACAACAAGAAUAUCCUCUGCAACAAUGUCAUCAACACAAUCAUCGAGGGCAACAACAACAGCAUCCACAAAAAGAGCAACAACAAUUUGAGGUAGUCAAGCAGCAGCAGCAGCAGCAAAGUUCGGCAGCAUGCCAGCAAUUGUCGCAACAGCAGGAGCAGCACCAGCAGUUAAUAUCCAGCUGGCGCUGCUGGCUGUAUGCAACGCUUAAAUUGUUGUAUAAACCUAUGGCAACAGUUGCGCUGUUGUUGCAAUUGCUGGUCUUGCUGUCGGCAAGUACAACGGCACUUGGCGAAGGCAAUGUCGCCAAUGCACCUGACAAAUUCGAAGAAUCUUUAAAUAAAAUUGACAAUAGCAGUAACCAAAUACCAAUUUGCGGCACAUGUCGCAAUCCAUAA